AUGGAGAACAAACGUCUAAAGAAAAAGAAUGAACAGCUUCGUCAGGAUAUUAUGGACUACCAGAAACAAAUAGAUUCACAAAAAGAAGCACUUUUAUCAAGAAGAGGAGAAGACAGUGACUACCGAUCACAAUUGUCUAAAAAAAACUAUGAACUUGUCCAAUAUCUAGAUGAAAUUCAGACUUUAACAGAAGCUAAUGAGAGAAUUGAAGUUCAAAAUGAAGAAAUGAGAAAAAAUCUAGAAGAGUCCGUACAAGAAAUGGAGAAAAUGACUGAUGAAUAUAAUAGGAUGAAAGCUAUUGUACAUCAGACAGAUAAUAGAAUGGACCAAUUAAAAAAAGAAAAUGAUCAUUAUCGACUUCAA